GUGGAGCCAAAGUCCCUGCCGGCGCUCGCCCGCCCGCCCGCCCGCUCGCCGUGUCCCGGAGCUAGUUCUCGUCUCCGCUCCCGUUCCUAUGCGGGCUGCGGCAGCGGCGCUCCUAGCAGCGCGGCCCCGGGCGGGCGGGUCCUUCGCGCAACAGGUCGCUUCCCAGGCAGCGCGCCCCCGGCUCCGCCAUGAGUUCAGAGCCGCCCCGCGCCUCGCUGCUCCGCGCCCUGUUUAAGAUGGAGCCGGCGGCAGCCGUCUCCGAAGUGCUGGGGGGAGCCUCGGAGUUCGUGAAAGAUCGGCUGUACUUUGCUACUUUACGAAGUAAACCGAAGAGCACCGUAAAUACCCACUACUUCUGUACCGAUGAGGAACUGGUCUAUGAAAAUUUCUAUGGAGAUUUUGGGCCUUUAAAUUUGGCAAUGUUAUACAGAUACUGCUGUAAACUAAAUAAGAAAUUGAAGUAUUUCAGUCUAUCAAGAAAGAAGAUAGUGUACUAUACCAGUUUUGAUCAGCGGAAACGAGCAAAUGCAGCAUUUUUAAUAGGUGCAUAUGCUGUAAUAUACUUGAAGAAAACACCAGAAGAAGCUUACAGAACACUUUUGUCUGGAUCUAAUCCACCAUAUCUUCCAUUUAGGGAUGCUUCAUUUGGGAACUGCACAUACAAUCUUACAAUCUUGGACUGUUUACAGGGAAUAAAUAAGGCCUUGCAGCAUGGAUUUUUUGACUUUAAGACAUUUGAUGUGGAUGAAUAUGAACACUAUGAGCGAGUGGAAAAUGGUGACUUCAACUGGAUUGUUCCAGGAAAAUUUUUGGCAUUUAGUGGACCACACCCAAAAAGCAAACUUGAAAAUGGUUAUCCUCUUCAUGCACCUGAAGCCUACUUUCCCUAUUUCAAGAAACAUAAUGUCACAUCAAUCAUAAGACUAAACAAAAAAAUUUAUGAGGCAAAGCGUUUUACUGAUGCUGGGUUUGAACAUUAUGACCUGUUCUUCAUAGAUGGAAGCACACCAAGCGACAGUAUAGUUCAGAGGUUCCUGAACAUCUGUGAAAAUGCUGAUGGUGCUAUUGCUGUACAUUGUAAAGCUGGUCUGGGGAGAACAGGAACACUGAUUGCCUGUUACAUAAUGAAGCACUAUAAGUUCACGCAUGCUGAAGCCAUUGCUUGGAUAAGAAUAUGUCGACCAGGCUCUAUUAUAGGACCCCAGCAACACUUCUUGGAAGAGAAGCAAGCAAUGUUAUGGCUGGAGGGAGAUCUCACCCGAUCAAAGCAGAAACAAGGAGUAGUUGAUGGAAACAUAAAUAGAGUUCUUUGUGGCUUGAAUGACAUUUCAAUCAGUGACAGCUUGAAUAAAGUGCAGGACUUGGAUCCAUACAGGGAGAAUGAUUUUGAAGACAAAGCAGGUGUGGAAGCUCAGAAUGGCAUGACACAGGGAGAUAAGCUUAAUGCCUUAAAAACUCGGAGACGGCCGUGUUCUGCUACAACUGGAGCUCUGAGGCUGCAAGACAUGAAACUGCACACCAGGUCAAUAUCACAACCUUUCAGACUGAAUACUUCAGGUAGCACCGAAGGAUCCAUGUCUCCUCUGAAGGCCUCCAAAGUGAUGGCAGUUAAUUCCCCAUCUGCAGAAAGAAUAAGCAGAAUUCCCACAUCCUCAGGCUCCAACCUUAAAAGCGUUUCCAUAAACUCCAGACUAGCCAGUUCUCUAGGGAACCUGUAUGCCGCUUCAGAUGAUGAUGAAAGCAAAAUGACAUCAUCGUUCUCUAGGACAGGUUUUUCUGUAAGCCAUAUCUCCAGCCACUUGAAUGGCAGCUUGCAGCUGCCUCACAGAAAUAACCAUGAACUGAACAACAAUUUAUACAACAGAAACAGCAGUAGCAGCAGCAACCUGAGCAGCCAAACCAGUUUUCACAGCGCCGUGACAGAUGAGUACGCUCGACCUUCCUUUAUGGGCCUUACAACUCCUCCAGCACGAUACCAGAGUCAGUCAAUUCCUUCCCUUCAGUCUGAGUAUGUUCAGUACUAAAGCCUUCCUGCUUUGGUGAAACCCGCUGAGCUCUUAAAAUCGAAGCCCUUCAUGAAAGAGAAGAACUUAAGGAAGUAAGCUGCUCGCUCAGAGGAGGAAUCUUCAAUAUAAGACAUAUUAAAACCUUAACACCAAGAGGAGACUUAACGGACAGUAAUUUCUUGUUAAUAACUACUGCAGAUGCACUGAUGUUGAAUUUAUGGAAAUUAUUACCCCAUGUUAUAUACAGAUUUAAAUUUUUAAUGUUGAGACAGCUUGAAUAUAUUUCUAAUGAAUUUCAUUAAGACAUUUAUUAACUUGUGUACAGUGUUAAAAUAUAUAUUAAGAGAAUAUUUUGGUAAGCAAUAUAUAUAAAAAUU